AUGCUCACCAUGUGCCCGUCCUCAGGCCUGGACACCAAGCCCAUCGUGGGCUUCCUCCUCCACUUGGGGCAGCUGCUCUCCACCUGUGUGCCCUUCUCGCUGGGGGCCAGUGAGGACACUCUGAAGGGGGACGUAAUUAACUGGUGCAUGUUCAUCUGGUGCUUCUGCUUCAUCGUGACCUUCACCAUCUUCAUAGGGGAGUUUUGUGGGCUCCGGUCCCGCCUCCCCUUCUCCUGGGAUGGCUUUCUCUGUGCCCAUGCCUUUUACUUCUUCAUCUUCUGCGUCUCAAUGUCCAUCAUCUUCGGCGCCACAUACAUCAAGUUCUUGCCUCCAAGCUCCACCCAAAACAGGGUCAUCACUGCCACUGCAUUCGCCUUCGUGGCAGCUGUACUCUAUGCCACUGAAGCAUUCUGCAUCAUAUCCAGCCUGGAGGCAUGGUCUGGUUCAAGCCAGCCUUCCCAGGCCUGCUCAGGAGGGCCAGAGAACUAUGCUAACUGGUUCUUCAUCACCGUCAUCAACAGCCCCCACCAGUAUCAGCAUCAGCCAGCCCUAGUUCGUGUGCUCUGUCAGCUCCACCAGUUCAACAGGAAGCUGGAUGGGCAGCCCCAGCGGUCCAGUGACGUGAGCUGCAGCAACAGACGCACCUGCUUGGAGUGCGCCGGGGACCAGCGGCUGGCUGUGGCCGUCCUAUCCAGCUGCUGCUUGAUGUGGCUGACACUGAGUACCUGGCCUGUGAGGCUAUUGUAG